GAGGCGCCGUUUCCUUCCCCACACCCCCCCCCGGAAUGCUACUCCAGCUCGACUACUGGACCCCCACCUACCCCAACUUCCUAGGAGCCGAAUAGGCCCAGAGUCCCUAGUCAAAGAGACUAGACGUGGCAUUUCGGGUAUAUUCACGCCGAAGAGCUAUCUCGAUAGAAUACAAAUGCCUGCACAAAGGAUGUAUGUCUUGAGGUCGGAGUUUUACAGGGACACCGCCGCUUUCGAAGCCGAUUCGAUAUGACUCCUUCCUCCUUCCUACUGCUCUCGGUGCUGCCGGCCUUGGCGUUGGCCGCGAUCGAUAGACAUGCCGUAGUCUCUCGCUUCAACGUCGUUCGGUCGAAGCUCCCGGAGGAAAUCACCAAUCAGACGACGCCUCUGCAGGUUGGGAACGGAGACUUCGCCUUCAAUGUCGACAAUACCGGCAUGCAGACGUUCAUCCCCUUCAACACUCUGUCAAGCUGGGGGUGGCAUAACGACUCCAUGCCAACAAACGGGGAAAAGCUCAGCGAUUAUCACGGCGUGGAGGUCCUAACGCACGGCAGAAAUAUUUCAUACGACCUCGAAGACCCAAAUCUGCCAGAGAUAUCCAAGUGGCUGACCGCGAACCCGAAUCGCAUAAACUUAGGUCGCAUCGGUCUGCGCUAUAAGGGCGACACCCUCCCUAAGUCGUUGAUCACGGAACCGCGGCAGGAGCUUGAUGUGUGGAACGGCACCAUCACCUCCACCUUCAAGGUCGACGGUAGAGACGUCAAGGUGGUAACUCAGGGAGACUUUGCAACUGAUGCCGUCGCCUUCCAGAUCGACUCGGACCUCAUCUCGACCGGGGACCUCGAGGUUGAACUCGACUUCCCGUACCCCCCGAAGCACAGCGUGACGGCUUCCUCCGAUUUCGAGAUCUUCAUGGGCUCCUAUGACUUCCCGCUGAACCACACCACGUCCAUCGUCAAGCCUCCUGCUGGGCCCCGCGACGGCGUAGCCCACAUACGCCACGAGCUGCAGGAGACGGCGUACUUCGUCAACCUCCGUUGGCCGGGCCGGCAGCCAUUGUCGCUGACCCGCGACGAGCCUGCGGGGUCGAGCGCGCGGACGGCCCACCGCUACACGCUCUCAGCCGCGCGACAGCCGUUGCCGCGCGGCAGCCGGGGGCCCGCGGCCUCAAUCGCGUUCACGGCGCACUUCUCGCCGGACCUGGCGCUCGCAGCAUCGCCGGCGGCGAUCCGGCGGCGCAACCUGGAAGCGUGGAACGCGUACUGGCGUGAGGGAGGGUUUGUCGACGUGACGGCGUCGACGAACCCGAACGCGACGGAACUGCAGCGCCGCAUCGUGCUGACGCAGUACUACAUGCGCGUCAACAGCGCCGCGACCGGCCAGAUCCCGCAGGAGAGCGGCCUCGUGUACAACGGCUGGUGGGGCAAGUUCCACCUCGAGAUGGUCGUCUGGCACUGCGCGCACUGGGCGACGUGGGGCCGCCAGCGCUACUUCGACCGCAUCUUCCCGUCCAUGUACGAGGCGCUGCUGCCGUCAUCGGUCGCGCGCGCGCGCCGCAUGGGCUGGGAUGGCGCCCGCUGGCCCAAGAUGACGGAGCUCGGGACGGCGGGGAUCGCGCCCGGCGAGACGCGGGCCUACCUGAUGUGGCAGCAGCCGCACCCGAUGUACCUGGCGGAGCUCGCGUACCGGGCCAAGCCGACAGCGCGAACGCUGCGAGACUGGGACGGCGUGGUGACGGCGAGCGCGGACUACAUGGCGUCGUUCGCACAGCGCAACGCGACGACGGGGCGGUACGACCUCGGCCCGCCGUCGAAGGGCGUCACCGAGAACUCGUUCCCGCUCGAGACGCGCAAUCUCGCGUACGAGAUCGCGUACUGGCGCUGGGGGCUCGACGCCGCGGCUCGCUGGAAGACGCGGCUCGGCCAGCACGUCCCCGACGCCUGGACAGCGGUGGCCGAGAACCUGGCGCCGCCGCCCCAGGCCGACGGCAUGUACGUGCCGUGGGAGGGCCUCAACGCGUCGUGGUGGGCGGACCCGGCACUGACGAAGGACCCGCGUAGCGUUAUCAUGCUGCAGGGCAUCCUGCCGGACACACCAGCGGUAAGUAGUGGCGGAAGCAGAGAACGGGGUAACGGAAUGUGAGUGGGCGAAAUUAUGGCUAACUGUGCGCCCGCCCGCAGGUCGACCUCGAAGCAGCGUUCCGGACGUCGGAGAAGGUGUGGGAGGUCUGGACCGACGCCAAUAUCCGUGGUUGGGGGCGGUCGGUGCUGGCGAUCAACUCGGCACGGAUCGGCAACCCUGAGCGCGCCAUCUACCACCUGACGAACUACGGCUACUGGCCGUUCGACGACGCGGGAAUGCCUGGCCGGUCGGGACCGAGUGCGUUGGGCCCUCUUCCUUUCCCUCCUCCCCUUCCUCCUCCU